ACCUCAGGUUGGCGAGCAGCGUGACUAGGCGUGCGCGUGAUUGUGAUUGGGGGGGGGGGGGCGUCACUAUUCAUUUGGAUGUCAUUGCAAUUUAGCCUCAUAUCAUUCUCUGCAAAAAUAAUAUUAUCUAUCUAGCUAUCAGUGAUUCUCAUAAAAUACGACACUGUUAUUAUGAAUAACAAUCUCCAUCACUUCAGUGGCUGCAGGUCAGAUUAAUGAAAGAUGUUUAUCUUAUGGGAUCACAUCAAACGGCAAACAUUCUGACCAAAUAUAUCAUCUUGAAGAAUCGGUGAAAGCAUACAUCCAAAUAAAGUAAUCAAAACAGCAACACGGUGAGGGGUAUCUGAAAAUCCGAGCAGAGUUUUAACUCGCAAACACCUGGUAACAGAGGUGAGGAAACGGGAAACACCUCCUUAAAGUAAGCCUUAAGAACUUUACAGGUUAAGAUUAGUCGCAAAUAGGUGGUGCAUCAAUGUCCUUGAGCAUCCUGCAUUGUUUGAAAAUGAGAAUGGUCGCUAGUUUCAAUCCCUGCUAUGUGUACAAAUCAUAUUCAAAAUGCAUUUUUUUACAAUAAACUUGAGAGCCUCCCGUUCAUUUUCAGUGGGAACAGUGUUGUUGGUCUCCCUUUUUUGCUAGUGCGUCAUAGUCUGGAGUAAAAUUUGUUGUGGCAAUUCUUAGGCGAGAUCCGAAUACAAUACAAUUUGUUCAGGGUUGGCGGGCCGGAUUAAACGGUCCCGUGGGCCGGAUGUGGCCCGCGGGCCGUAGUUUGCCCACCGCUGUUCUAGAAUAUUCUAGCAGCAGCUUGAAAGUUGAGUGAGGUUUUUUUUUUUUUUUCGGACAAAGGAACCUUUGGACUUUGAAGAAACCUCUAUGAUAAGCGAGAAGAGAUGGCGACCCCAGAAAACACUCCUGAUGCAGACAAUGAGCUGAAGGCCAUUUACGAGAUGGCGCUGGCGAAUGUCCGUGCGAUUCGGGAGUCAGAGCGUGCACGUCUGCAAGGCGAGAUGGUCAAGCUGAGGCAGAAAUUACAGGAUCUGGAAAUAACGAACAUGAAGAAAGAAUCCGAUCUGGCGAAAGCCCUUGAGUCUCUGGACUCGGAGGCCACACAGCGUGCACAUCUGCAAGGCGAGGUGGCCAAGCUGAGGCUGGAAUUACAGGAUCUGGAAAAAAUGAACAUGAAGAAAGAAUCCGAUCUGGCGAAAACCCGUGAGUAUCUGGACUCGGAGGCCACACAGCGUGCACAUCUGCAAGGCGAGGUUGGCGAGCUGAGGCAGGAAUUACAGGAUCUGAAAAAAACGAGGAUGGAUGACAUUCAAGCCCUUAAAGAUGAGCUGGAGUUACAAAAGGAUCUGCAUUCCGCGAAAUUGCGCAAGGUCCAAAGCCAGCACGAGUCUCGCAUGGUGGAGUUGGAAGCCGGCCACCAGGAAAGUCAUGAUCGCAAACUGGCUGACGCCAUGGAGAUAAAAAGCCAGCUUGAACACAUUCAAAAAGAGUUUGCAGCAAAAGUGAAAGAUCUGGAGGAGGCUCUGUCUACAGAGAGGGAGCGGUUGCUGCAGCAACUGGAUGAAAGGGCAUGCCAAACCAUGUCGGCCCGCAAAAAGAGAAAACGUCCCAGCGAGGCUUCGAGCUUCCCCAGCAAAGAUGUGGCUCAUACUGACAUCACCCAGCAGGCCUCUGCUAGCAGGCAGGGCACCAUGAAAUUGGACCGGCAAGACAAAUAUAUCCGAAUCUGGAAUGACACAGAUGAGGAUCAGAAUUUGGGGAACUGCCAGGUGCAGGGCCAGGUUGGAUUUUCUGCUCCCAUCAUAUUCAAGUUUCCCGCAGAAUUCAUCCUGAAGGCCGGCCAGACUGUCACGAUCUGGGCGGCUGGUGCUGGCGGAAACCACAAUCCUCCCUCUGAACUAGUCUCGGAGGCCGACUGGGAAACCGUAGGCCUGUUCCAGACUACCUUGAUGAACGCCAACGGAGAGGUGACACAUCUUUCAAGCGACAAGAAGCAAUAUUUCUCUUUUGACGUCCGUUUUUCUUCCAGGAAAUGGCGAGAAACAAAUCUCCCGGCACACAUUUGGAAGAUGAUGAUGGAAAUUUCGCUUCCACCUCGGGAUAGAGGAAUUUCGGUUUCUUUGUGUGUCAAGCAGACUUUGACUUUUGACAUGGUCACAUUAUAAAAAUAUGUUAUAACAAUACAAUUAAAUGGGCUUUUUUUUUAAAAUAAAAUCUGCUCCGACCUAAAUUUAAUUGAAAUAAUUGAAAUAAAGUUGUUGUUCUUUAAAAAUGA